AUGGAUGUAGCUCAACAGAUCACAUACAAUUCAGAUUUAACACAAGCUCCUCACCGAGCUGGAUCUAUUGCCUCUGGAGUACACAAUGAAGAAAUAUCGGAAGAAGAAAAGGCUUUGGAUGCGGAAAUUUUGAAUCUUAAGACGUCAAUUACUGAUGCACAAAAAGCUGUUGCAGAUACAGAUUUCUACAAAAUGACUGAAAACGUACCUGAACUUGGUAGAAUCAAGUUCAAAGUACGUAAGCAUUUACGAGGUCACUUAGCUAAAGUGACAUCUAUUCAGUGGGCCUCCGACAACCAGUUGUUAUUGUCUGCUUCUCAAGAUGGAAAAUUAAUCGUUUGGGACACAUUUUCUGGGAAGAAAAUUCAUAUGAUUGCUUUGAAAACCGCUUGGGUCAUUGGAUGUGCAUUUUCUCCUUCUAUGAAUUUUGUAGCUAGUGGCGGGUUGGAUAAUGUUAUAUCUUAUUUCAAUCUAAAGUCUCAUGAUGGCACUGCAGAGUUUGUCCGUGAGUUUACUGGUCAUAAUGGUUACAUCGCAUGUGUUCGAUUUAUUGAUGAUAAUCGAUUACUGAGUUGUUCUGGCGAUAAAACUUGUGCUCUAUGGGACAUCGAAAAGUCUAAAAUCACUACGAGUUUUCGUGGCCACUCUAAUGAUGUUAACGCUAUUGCCAUUUCGAAGCAGAUGCCGAAUUUGUUUGUUUCCGCGUCUUCAGACCGCACCUGUCGGUUGUGGGAUCUUCGAUGCAGCGAAGGUAUGCAAUAUUUCGAAGGCCACCAGCAAGAUGUUAAUGGCGUUGACUUUUUUCCUGUCAAUUCGUAUGCUUUUGCUUCUUCUUCCGAUGAUGGCUCGUGUCAUUUGUGGGACCUACGAGCUGAUCAAGCUAUUGGCGUCUAUAUUGAUGAUUUCAUAAACUGUGGUAGCAGUUGUGUAGCAAUUUCAAAGUCGGGUCGUUUGUUACUUGCCGGAUACGAUGAUUUUAACUGUCAUGUCUGGGAUCUAUUACGAGAAGAACGUGUUGGAAUCAUGUCUGCUCACGAAAAUCGAGUCUCUUGUGUAAUAGUAUCUGAUAGCGGUAUAGGUGUUGCAACUGGGUCAUGGGAUUCUAACUGUCUCAUAUGGACCGCAAAAUAGAGAAAUGGCACUUAAAAUUGAUGAAAUAUCCUCCGAAGAUCUGCAUUGUUCACUCGAUCAAUAUGUCGUCAGUAUUUUUAAUUAUCUGCGUAUUUCGACGGUUUAACUGAUGUUUACUGCGAGAAAUUUCCCUCCUCCUUUUGGGGUUUUAUCCGACUUCAUGAUCACUCCUGCAGACUUGGUGUAACACAUUUUUCCGAACUCCGUGCUUGGUCAUUGGGAAAAGUGUUGUACUUUCCAUUUGCUGACUCUCGAAGACGUCCGUAACGUCUGUUUUAGCAGUAGUGCGUGAAGUAGCUUGUCCAGUUUUCAGCUUCAGUAACUAGACUCAUGUUGCAAUGGUGCGUUAAGAAGUCCAGAAAGUAUCGUACAACUACGGAAAAGUUGAUUUGUCCUUUAUAAAUUGAUUACAUUCUGGACUAUGGAUUAGAUAAUAUCAAAACUUCAAUGACAGAUAACACGCUUUAAUCAUAUCAACCUGCACCCAUACUGCUUGCAAAUAUUCCCCAUCGGGAUUCUGUUAGUAUCUUUAUUUAUGUAAACAGAAGCCAACUCAGUUUGUUGUAUCUGGAUGUAGAUGAGGGUUAGCAACUAAUAUAAUAGAAAGAAAAUUCGAUUACAACAAAUCAUAUUAUUCUGCGUAAUGCUCCACUUGGUUACUGUACCUUUGAUUUAACCAGUUGGUAGUCAACGUUGGCAAGUUAUUAAAAUGUUGUCUGUUGCGUGAUUGGUAUUUCAACUCCGCUAGUUUUCUAGGUUGGGUCUGUUUUUCCCCAUGUGUAAGUUUGUCCGUAGCAGCUUAAUCGUUUUUAACCGAAAUGUGUAUUAUUCUCUUAUUUAUGGUUCUCACUUGUAAACAUCCUUUUCUUGUUGGUACUCUCAAGGUCCAAAAACAAACAACUACGGCUAUCAUGUAACCUCAUUUGGGACGUAAAAAAUCAUUGUUUUUCAGUUCAGAUUUUUCACAUUCCUGUUCAUUCAUAUCCUGAAAUGUCUUAAGAACCAGAUAUCAUGAAACGUAGAUCAUUCAUGCAUUUUUGGUGAUUUUCUCUGACUAACCGAUAAAAACAUGCAUGUGUUGUAAUUACGUCAAGAAACAGAUACCAACUGACUCAAUUUUUCCGAUGAAUAUUGUUUGGUGUUUACAAGCCUUUGUGUAUACCAAUGGUAGAAAACUUUAUUCUGUUAAGUAGGGAGGUGUUGAUUUAUACUAGUUACCAAUUAAGUCAGUUCGCAGUACUAUAAAUUAGUAGACAGUUUUACAAACUACAUUCGUUUCGAUCUCAGAGUAUCACCAAACAGUAUUCGGUUGCUCAUAUCUGGUACUGUACUCUUUCGAAACUUGGAAGUUUCAAAAUUAGAGGUGGUCAAUGAUUCGAUAUGAGAUCAUUAAUGAUAUAGGUUGUAUCAUUUCGUGACGUACUGAGGAAAUAAUUCGAUUUUACUCUGGUUACUAAGUUGGACUAAUUGUUGAAAUACUUAUCUCUACACUUACCCAUACUUGUAACAAGGCAUAAAAAACAAGACUUUUUGGUGUAACCUCUGUUGUAUAAAGUAAAUUUUUCAAAUAAUAAUUCAGUCAUUUAGUCUCUUCUCUUUUGAUAUUCACUUGGGAUACGAG